AUGGGCCAGGGCUGUUUCUCGAUUGCGGAGGGCAACGAGAUGGUGCGUUUCCAAGUUGCGCAACGUUGGUAUACCGGUGCCUUCCAAGCUCGACUGGUGGGCGUACUCCGGCGACCCGGAAGCAAAGAAAGACGAAGAAGCAGAGGAAAGCAAUCAGAAUCCUCUGCGCUACAAUGCAACCCCAAAGCGCCGCUGGUCGUCCCUGUCUACGGCUCGAUGGCUUACCUGCCUCUCCACAUACAUCGCCUCAAUAGCCGCCUGCAUCGGCCUGCUAUUAAUUGGAGUUCGAGCAAAAAACAACCAGGUCUGGACCGCCGGUCUCGCCGCAGUCUCCACGCAGACCAUGAUAGAAUCCAUCCACUGGCCCAGCGGACUCAUCCCCAACGUGCUGAUCGCCAACACCCCGCAACUCGUCUACUCCGGCUUAUACUUCAUGACCAACUCGAUCCUCACAAACAUGGCGCUCGCAUCCGAGUGGACAAACUUCAGUCUCCACCGCAAGGGCCUCCGCGUGUCCACAAAGCCCCUCGGCGCCCAGCGCCGCACCCGUUUCCUGUCCCUGCCAUUCCGCAUCGGAAUCCCGCUCAUGGUCGUCUCCGGCGUUCUCCACUGGCUCAUGUCGCAGAGUCUAUUCCUCGUCCGAAUCCUCGCAUACUCUCCGACGCUGCAACGACAGCCGAGCCAGGAUACCAUGACGCUGGGGUACUCGCCGCCGGCCAUCGUGAUUGGGAUUUGUGUGGGGAGUCUUCUGCCGAUUGGGCUGGUGGUGCUGGGGUCCCGGAGGCUGAGGUCGGGGAUGCCGGUUGCUGGGAGCUGUAG